UUUAAAAACACCCUAAAACCCUAACAAGACCCCUAAUCAUGGUAGCAUCUAAAAUAUAUAUGGUAGGGUUACCCAUCCUCAGCCACUCCAUAGUUUUCCCUCACUGGCUUUCGACCUCAUUUCCUCCUGCUUUGUCUUUUCUAUAUUCUUUUACUCAGACAUGAAGGGGAUGGAAAAAUAGGUACUACCAAAGAAAAGGGAAAUACGAUUAUUAGUGGCUUUUGAGCUUUUUUUUGAAUUUUAUAAAAAUAUUUUUGCUUAUUUUUAUCAAACAGUAGUAGGAGAGUAGGAGGAGGAGGGGGCCGGGUCGAAUUUUAUUGGGUCUCGUAUAUGACUGAGAAAUUUUUCUAUGGGAAAGAAGCCUCAGAAAACGAAGGAGCUAUCAGUGGCAAUAGCAGAAGCUUCGUCAACCGGAGACGAAUCCCAGCAGCAACCCCAGGCUCAUACCCCAAGAAAGAGAGGAAGGCCUCGCAAGAUUAUUAUUGAAGAGCAAUCCACAGCAGGAAUAGAAGAAUCUGCUUCUGCUUCUGUAGCUGAAGAUGUUAAAGAAAGUGAUUCCAAAAAAGCAAAAGUAGAUGAGGAUGAGGAUGAUGAAGAUCAAAAGCAGAAGCAACAGGAAGAGUUACAGCAGCCAAAGGUAAAAGAAGAAGAAGAAGAAGAAGGUAGUGGUAAAAAAGAAGAAGAAGAAGGUAGCGGUAAAAAAGAAGAAGAAGGUAGAGGUAAAAAAGAAGAGAGUUUUUUACCUAGGGAGCCUUCAAGAAGUAGAGCAAGGAGGAAAAGCAAACCCAGAAAGAGUAGCCAUAACUAGUUACUCUCAUGGUAAUUUCUUUUAUUGUUCUUAGUUUCCUCUUCUGUGUUAAAAACAUCUGGAAAAUUAAUUAAAUCAAUCAAAAAAUCUGUAAAGGCAACAUAUUAUCUCUCGUUAAUUUCCUGCAUAUAAAUUAUAUGCAGAAGAUAGAGAGUUGGACUUCGUUUUUGCAUUUGACUUCUUCCAGCCUCUGCCUUUGUAUAAUAUAAUCAGCUUUUCUGUACGCAAUCAAAAUGCUUUCCGAUUA